AUGCCUGCCCAGCAACCAACAACGCCUGGUGUAAGAUCGUGCCUUGGCGCGGCGACCAUAGCUCUCGCGGACACGGAUGGGGCUUUCGCUAUGCCGUUAGCGUCUGCGCAGCCCAUGUACGCUAUAAACGGUGGUGGUGUAUGGCUUCCAGGCACGGCGACGUCAAUAACAGACUGGACAUGGGCUAAGGCAACUACCAACGUUGGCUCUGCUUCAACGGCGGCAGAUAUGACGUGGGGUAGUGAUGGUACGAGCCAUGCGUUCGGGUCAAAUCAUAUCAACGGCGGUGCCAUGCCUGCAGCAGCUGUCAGCCAGGCGGACUACCAACGCAUGUUCGCUAAUUACACGGCGCCAGGGUCGGCCUUGGAAUGUCUCACACCACCAGCAGACCAAUUCGCCGAACAGCAACAGCGACAAGAUCCGCCUCAAGCAUCAGCGUCAGCAUGGGCCCAAGACCUGCGCUGCUUCGACCACGGCUGCGAUGGCCGGCGCUUCUCAUCCAUCGGCAACCUGGUCCGCCACCAAAAGGAACAAAGCCGGGGUCUAUCGGCACGGCGAUACAAAUGCCCUUACUGCGACCAAACAUUUACGCGCUCAACGGCAAGGAAUGUCCAUCUCAGCCGAGGCCGCUGCGGCGGCGUCAACACCAUUCACAACGACAACAAUAACCCCAGCCCCAACCCCAACCCUAACAAUGAGCGGCUGAGGGCAACGGCGUCCGCCCCGUCUGCAACACCUGCUAUUACCUACAGCGGUUCUAGCGACUCCAGCAGUAGUAGCGUCAGCGACGAUGGCCACUUUAGACAAGGGGAGGUGAAGAUGGAGGCAGUAGCAGCUAUGACGGCGUACCUAUGUCAAGCCACGGGCCACAGAUGUCAGUGUUCGCUGUACUACAGGUACUAG